UUUAAGUCACCUGCACAGCUUUCACGUGUCAGAAACACUGGUGUCAAACCUGAGAUCUUGAAGGACGUUGGAAAAGCAAUCACAACUCUUCCAGAGGACUUUAAGCCUCACAGAGCAAUAAAAAAGGUUUAUGAUGAGCGUAAGAAAAUGAUUGAGACAGGGGAGCGUGUUGACUGGGCAUUGGGAGAAGCACUUGCUUUUGCAACAUUGCUGGUGGAAGGAAAUCAUGUUAGGUUGAGUGGUCAGGAUGUUGAGAGAGGUACUUUCAGUCACAGACAUUCUGUUCUUCAUGAUCAGGAGACCGGGGCAAAGUACUGUCCUCUUGAUCAUGUUAUGAUGAACCAAAAUGAAGAGAUGUUCACCGUGAGCAACAGCUCCCUUUCAGAGUUUGGUGUUCUGGGAUUUGAACUGGGUUAUUCAAUGGAAAAUCCAAACUCUUUGGUUCUCUGGGAAGCCCAAUUUGGUGAUUUUUCCAACGGAGCUCAAGUAAUAUUUGACCAGUUUUUGAGCAGUGGAGAGGCCAAGUGGUUGCGCCAGACUGGGUUGGUUGUGCUUCUUCCACAUGGUUAUGAUGGCCAGGGCCCUGAGCAUUCCAGUGCACGUUUGGAACGGUUCCUCCAGAUGAGUGAUGAUAACCCCUUUGUCAUUCCGGAGAUGGAACCUACAUUGAGGAAACAGAUCCAGGAAUGUAACUGGCAGGUGGUGAAUGUGACAACUCCUGCAAAUUAUUUCCAUGUGCUCAGGCGUCAGAUUCACAGAGAUUUCCGUAAACCUCUUAUUGUGAUGUCCCCGAAGAACUUGCUCCGUCACAAGGAGUGCAAGUCAAACCUGUCUGAGUUUGAUGAUGUCCAAGGUCACCCAGGUUUUGACAAACAAGGUACCCGGUUUAAGCGUUUGAUAAAAGAUCAGAACGACCACUCAGAUCUUGAAGAGGGUAUCAGACGCUUGGUCCUUUGCUCUGGAAAGGUGUAUUAUGAGCUUGAUGAGGAGAGGAAGAAAGUUAGUGGGAAAGACGUUGCAAUCUGUCGGGUGGAACAGCUUUCUCCUUUCCCAUACGACCUUGUUCAACGUGAAUUGAAGCGAUAUCCAAAUGCGGAGAUUGUUUGGUGCCAAGAGGAGCCAAUGAACAUGGGUGCAUACAGUUACAUUGCACCACGUCUUUGUACUGCGAUGAAAGCACUGGGCAGAGGUGAUAUGGAUGACAUAAAAUAUGUUGGUCGAGCUCCUUCUGCUGCCACAGCUACUGGUUUCCAGCAGGUUCAUGUGAAAGAACAGACCGAGCUUGUCCAGAAAGCCUUGCAACAGGAUCCAAUUAAUUCUCCCUGAAGCUGAGGCUUUGUUCUAUUCUUUGCAAUAAGUACCAAGACUGAUGGUGAAAUAAGAGAUCUAACUCUAUACAAACUACUUUCUGGUGAAAGUUUUGAUUCUUUGGGAAACAGGGGCAUAUUGUUUGUGCUCUUUUUUCUUUUUUCUUGGUUAAACUCAAUUAAUGCUUAUAGUAUCCUAGAUCUGUACAAAUAAAAUGUCAGAACUAAGUGUCCUGUUCUCCCUUCAAUUCUUGUGAGAGAAUGAACUCCACUAUUUGUCCUCAGAGCUGGCGAUACAUUUGCAGAUUUUGUUUCCAGUUUGUCAUUGACCCAUUUAAAAGAAGAAUGAAUGAAAGCUCUCCUUAUUCUCCUA